AUGGAGCCGCUGAACCAGCUCAAGCGUCGGUCGACCGACCUCUUCAAGCAAGCGCAGCAGAACAUGCCGUCGCUCCCCAGGAGCAUGAACAUGGACAUGCCCAGCGUGCCCGGCCUGCCGCAUCUGCAAAAGAGCCUCCCGUCCCUAUCGCAGCUCCGCUUCAGAAACAGCAAGGCCGCCGCCGCCGUGCAAGGAACGUGGCAGCGAAUCGACAUUCCAGCCCUGCCGCGGUCCUCGCACUCGGUCAAUGUCGUGGCCGGAAGCGCCUACAUCUUUGGCGGCGAGAUUGAGGCGCGGCAACCAGUCGGCAACGACAUGCACAUCAUUCGACUGCCGUCCAGCAGUGCCGGGGCCGACUACCACCGGAUCGAGGCCAGGGCGGCCGCGGUCGAGCCUGACACGGCGCCCGCGCAGACGGCGAACCUGGAUGAGGUGGCCUUGGAGGAGGAGGAGGAGGAAGGGCCCAAGGGCAAGGGCAAAGAAACGGCCACGGACGUCAGGCCCAGGCUCGGCGACGUGCCGGCUGCGCGUGUCGGCCACGCAACCGCCGUUAUCGGGUCGCGCAUCUUCCUGUUUGGCGGCCGCGGCGGCCCGGACAUGAAGCCUCUGGAGGAGGCCGGCCGCGUCUGGGUGUACGACACGCGCUCGCACGCCUGGUCGCACCUCGACCCGGUGCCCGCGGUCAAGGGCGGCGCCAUCAUCCCGCAGCCCAGCCCGCGCAGCUACCACUGCGCGACGGCUAGCGACCGGCCGCGUGACUUCCCCGAGCCCGGCUCAUCAUCGGCGGCGGCCCGAAAGCCGCAGACCUGGCGGCAGUGGGCGCUGGGCGACACCUCCAAGACGGGCAUCCCACAGGACCCCGUGGUGGGCUACGUGGCCGAGCAGGCCGUGGAUACCGAGUCGGACGGCUACGGCACCUUCUUCGUGCACGCGGGCUGCCUCGCCGGCGGCGACCGCACGAGCGACCUCUGGGCCUUUGACGUGCGCGCGCGCACAUGGACCGAGCUGCCCGCCGCCCCGGGCCCGUCACGCGGCGGCGCGGCCAUCUGCAUAUCCAAGAGCCGCCUCUUCCGCUUCGGCGGCUACGACGGUGAGGCCGAGGUCGGCGGCCAGCUCGACUUUUUGCACCUCGAGGUGGAAACCUUCGACGACGGCGCCUCCCGGGGCGAAGUGUCGGUCCACGCCCGCGCGGGCUGGCAGACCAUUCCGCAGGACGGCGACGGCGCCGACGCCUCGCCCGCCGAAAUCCGCGCCGAGCCGCGCCAGGAGUGGCCCGCGCCGCGGAGCGUGGCCUCCCUGCAGGCCCUCACCGUCGGCGGCGGCAAGGAGUAUCUCGUGCUGGCCAUGGGCGAGCGCGCGCCCAGCGCCGACGGCCACUCCGCCGCCGGCGCCUUCUUGGACGACGUGUGGACCUUUGAGGUGCCGCCGCUGGGCAUGACCGCCGCCAGCGUCCGGGCCGCCUUCCUCCAGGCCGUGGGGAAGAAGACGGGCGAGGGGAGGUGGCAAAAGGUCAGCAUGGCCGAGUACGACGACGAGAGCGGCGACGGGGUGCCCGCCGCGAGGGGAUGGAUCGCGAGCGCGCCCCUGACCGAUCUGGAGGAGAGCGGCAUCAUGAUUUGGGGCGGGUUGGGCGCCGAUAACAAGAGGAUUGGUGAUGGUUGGAUCCUCCGCCUCGGUAAGAGUGAUUGA